AAUAAUAACUGAAGAUAAAAUAAAAAGAAAAAGGUUCCUAAUUCCUAAACCCUCUUCUCUGAGUCUCACAAAGCCCGCUCACCCAGACCUCCACUGCCUCACAGACCCCGACGGUCUGUUCCUCUCGCGCUCUCCUCACCACCCCCGAUCGACGUAGGCGAGCUGCGAACUACGAUCCUCCCUCCUCAAGUUCCUCUCGGCAGCGGAAGCCGAGGAGCUCGACGGUCAUCCAUCCUAUCGAAUUUCCACCACUUUCGGCCACCAUUCUAACAUCUUAUGCUAUAAGCCUAUAACACUUACCGGCCGGCCUGGUCUAGCCAUUCAUUCCCGCCACUCUGAAGCAUAGAGUUUGCUUGCCUCGCCGUUUCCUGCAGAAAGAUAAGAAGAAUAUGUCGCUCCCCGGGUCGACAGACAAUAGCACGGGUGAUGAGAUGGAAAAGGUUAUGAGGAACAACAGUGUUGAAGACAUCAGUUGGCUUUGUUCUUUGUCUGAAUCCGAGCUUGAUAUGCUCAUUAGCUUGAAAAUGCUUGUACUACAACGUGCGAAAGUGCUUGGACAUGACCAAAUAGCUGAAAAAUUUGACCUCAAGAUGCUUCGAGCUCUUGGGCUUAUUUUGAUGGAAUAUGUCAAAAAGAAGGUUAAUGAGAAGUCACUGGUGUCAGGCUUGGGAGAAUCUGUUGCAUUCAUGGAUUCUUGUAAUCUAUUGAAAUGUGAAGUCGAAAAUAUUUUGGAGAGCGAGGAGAUACAAAUAUCUAUAGCUGCUAAAUUGAAAAAGAGACAUGCAAAUAGAAAACAAAAAGACGCCGCUGAAAAUCAGAGGAAACGGAAGCGUAGAGAAGAAUAGCAAGAAGUGGUAAGGGAUCUCUAAAUUAGAGGAACAGCCUCGUCAAAUUUUGGUACAGUACUCAAAUCUCUUCCCUAAUUUGAGUUGUUAUUGUUUUUGUGCAUUCAUUUCUUUCUACAUACCCUUAAUGGAGAUGAGUUGUCAAUUUUGCUACUUUUGUGAUCAUUCAUUGUAUAUGAAAUAAAAAAAAAAAAAUCAUCAUUUUGGUUUUACAA